UUCCCCGCAUCUCACCUGCGCAUCGAUACUUCAGUUGCCCUCGCCGACCCAUCUUCGGGCCGAGCACCUUCGCGCAAUGACCCCCGCACCCCAUCCACAUCUCGCAGCGCAGCAAGCUCCUCGCGUCGUCUCCGAAGUCCCUCUAUUGCCUCCGCCUCCUCCGCAAUGUCUACCGCGUCUCGUGUGCCCUCUACAGCCUCGACACAUCUCUCUGCUACGCCCGCUGCGCAUUAUCCUAUCCCAUCUACAUCUACUACGGCCAUCGACUCUACUUGGGACGCAGUGGACUCCGGCUCGGAGGACGAGGGCAACGACACACAAGAAUACGUCCUCGCGAUGCACGACUUCGCGCCGCAACAGCAAAAUGUGACGUGCCUCAGCUUCCGUGCAGGCCAAGUUAUCCAUGUAAUCAAUCGCGACACGAGCGGCUGGUGGGAUGGAGAGCUAGACGGACGCCGGGGCUGGUUUCCGAGCAACUAUGUCAGCUCCGAGGUUGGUCUGUUGACAGAGGAGGAGUUGCCUAGCGCGAAGAAACCCCGCUCAGCACAUAGUCACAACAUGUCUACGUCCUCGACAACGUCGUGGACGAGCACAUCCUCACGCAAGGGCAAGACACCGUUCGCUCGGAACGACCAACGCCCAAUGGCUGCCAGUACCUUCGGCGCAAGCGUCAAUAUGCACUGUCCCCCACUCAUGCUCCCACUGCUGCGCGGUCUCUCUCUGCUGCAAAACGCUGUUCGGAUGAACCGUGUACAACAUUUCCAGCCUGCGACGGCGUGUAUCAUAUCCUGUGUACGCGCUUUGCUCGCUGCGAUUGGAUGCCUAUCGCGCGACGCGCCGGUACUGCAACGAUAUGGCGUACUAGCGCAGGAGCGGAAACGCGUCUUGUCCGACCUUGCAUCGCUGGUCUCGCAGGCGAAACUAGCAUCGGACGAUAACACCUCGGAGGAACCGCGGGAGCUAGAGGUGCAGACUAUGGUACGUCUAGCAGGUGCGCUUUUCGCCCACGUUCGCGGGUUCCUUGCUCUCGCCGUCCAGUGUGGCGUCAACCUCCCUGCCGCGGGGGCUCGGAUCGCGCGCACGUCUUCGGAGUCCGGUACACUGGUGCAGGAUGAGGACGCGAGCGACGACUAUUUCGCAACACCCGGCCGGUCUUCAAAUGGAAUCGCGACGCGUCAGAGGCGGAUAACCGCUACCAGUACACCGACGCGCCCGAAGAGCCUUGGGGACCUGAAGGUUUCGAAACGGGCCGCGAUGGGCACGGACUACCCCCCUUUACCCGCGGGCGCGGGCGCGAUGCGCGUGGCGCAACACAAACUAUCCGAACAACAGCUCGCCACCCCCGCGCGGCGUGUCGCGAGCAGCUUCGCGCUCGGACACAAAGCGGCGCAAGAUUCGAUCAGCAGCAAUUCCUCAUCUUCUUCCUUCUCGUCGAGCGAUUCGAGCGGGGCGCCUGCGACCCCGGUCUUCCCGCUCGGCCCUGUGACGAGCGCCGAGCUCACUGACGCGCUUCGCACGACACACGAUGCGUUCCUCUCUACCAUCGCAGCGUUCAUCGGGCACGCGCAUUCGCAUUCGCGCACCUCGCACGCGUCAAGUACGGGGCAUAUGUACGAACUCGUCAAGGAAGUGGUUGAUAUGGUUUGCCGGUUACUUGCCAUCGUCGAGGCCGUCCUUCAACAUCCGGAGAUCCCAACACAGAAGGCGGAUGCAUUGCGUGGGGCGAGGGAGGGCGUUUAUAGCGUAACAAGCACGCUCGCGGAUUCGGUCCGCGCCCUCGCCGAGCCCCCGCCCGACGGCGCAUCCGAGGAGGAGGAGAAGGCGCGGUUGCUGCGGUGCGCGACGGACUCACUAAAGGCCGGCUCGGACUGCGUCGCGGCGGUGAAGCGGUGCCUACAACGUGCAACGGGCGAGCGACCAUUCGUCUUCCGGCUCCUUGCACCUGAGGCUGGCACCUACACACCACGCAAGUUCUCGCACGCACAUCGUGCGUCGUCUGCGAGCAGCGGCCCGCGGAUACGCAGAGCGAGCAGUCUCGCGGUGCUGCACAGUCCGUAUGUGGGCGACGGGAUGGAGGGCGAGGAGGACAUGACUAUCCAGGCGCAGAGCGUGGAGGAGACGGAACACACGUUGACAGCGAAGAGGCGGACCAUGGAGGAGAUCGAGAUCACCGAGGAGCCUCCUUCGCCGUCGACUUCACCCUCGCGUUUGCCCAAUGCGCUUCCUCGUUUGGACAGCGAGGCAGAGGACAGCGUGCCCCCGACGCCUACUACGCCCCUCAGUGCCGAUGCGAUUCCUCUGCCGCCUUCCGAUGGCCGGCCUUCGAUCGACACUCUGCGCUCGGAUGUUCUGUCCGUGCGGUCAUACGCGCCUACCGAAGAUGACCGGACGACAUGGGAGGGCAGCGCGCGGGGCCACAGUGUGGCGCCAAGCGUGGCGUCGUUCGAGGCGAAGCUGAGGAGCGGCGAGUUGCCGCCUGUGCCUGGAUCGCUCCCGACUGCCGUGCUUCCCUGGACGUUCCCCCACGAUCACGCUCCGGAGGACGUCGCGUACAACAGCGAUGGUCAGCUCGUGGGUGCUACGCUGGAAGCCAUUGUCGAGCGCAUGACGCCCCACGACUCUCUCGUCGAGCCGCCGUUUGCGGCGGUGUUCUUCAUGACGUUCCGCCUGUUCACCACCCCCGCGGCCCUCCUGGAUGCGGUCGUCGAGCGCUACAACAUCCUUCCUCCCCCUGGCCUCUGCGAUGCCGACCUCCGUUUGUGGCAGCAGCGCAAGGGUCUGCCCGUGCGGCUCCGUGUCUCGAACUUCAUCAAGACUUGGGUCGAGGGCUACUGGCGGCACGCGUCCGACAGCGUCAUCGUGCCUACGCUCGUCUCCUUCACGAAGGAAGCGCUCUCCGUGAUGUUCCCCGGGCCGUCACAGCGCAUCCUCGAGCUCAUCCGGCAACGCAUGAACUCGUCCGAGAACGUCUCGCUCUCCACAGGCGAGCGCGACCGCACGCGCGACGCCGGCAUGAUGCUCAACCCGCCCGUCGUGCUCCCGGGCCCCAUCUCCGAGGUCCCGCGCCCGAUCCUGACGAAGACGGUGUUCGCGGCGCUGCGCAGCGGCGCGUUCGCGUCCGUGGCGGUGACGGACUUCGACGCGCUCGAGCUCGCGCGGCAGCUGACGACGAUGGAGUGCACGCUGUACUGCGCGAUCCUGCCCGCGGAGCUGCUCGACUCUGGGGGCCCCGCGCCGGCGUCCGUGAAGGCGCUCACGUCGCUCAGCACGGCGAUCACGGGCUGGGUCGCGGAGAGCAUCCUGAACGAGCCGGACACGAAGCGGCGCACGGCGCUCGUGAAGUUCUUCAUCAAGCUUGCGGACCGGUGCGUGUCGCUGAAGAACUAUAGCACGCCGCGGUCGAUUUUGGCUGCGCUGGACUCGUCGACGAUUGCGAGGCUGCAUCAGACGUGGGUGGGUCUGCCGCAGAAGAACAAGCUCCAGUUGGAGUCGCUGCGGAAGCUCGCUGAUCACGCGAGGAAUUACCAUGAGUACCGCUCGCGGCUGCGGAAUACCGCGCCGCCGGCGGUUCCCUUCCUCGGGCUCUACUUGACGGACUUGACGUUCUGCCGGGAGGGUAACCCUUCGCAUCGGACGUCGCCCAAGGCGCCUGAGAAGAAGCUCAUCAACUUUAACAAGUACCACAAGCUCGCGCGUAUCGUCCAAGAUAUGCAACGCUUCCAAGUACCUUACAACCUUAAAGAGAUCCCUGAGGUCCAAGCUUACCUCCGGGACGCGUUCGACAAGUCUCAGCGUCGGGGCGACCUGCAGGACUUGUAUCGGCGGAGUCUUCUCGUCGAGCCGAAGCAGUCAGCGGAAACCCCGCCCAGCAGCGACGUCCGCCAGCUGUUCGCGUGGGCGAGCCGGUCCCAGCCUUCUGUCGCCACCACCCCUGCACCAUAGCACCACCUCCUUUCCGGACCGUCUGCGCCGCCGUCGCUUUCUUCGUUGUGGUCUACGUGUUGUCUUUUGCCGUUUGCUGGUUUUGCAUUUCCCGUCGUCGCUUUGUACGCUGCAUGUUUGCGCUCACUUGUAUUCGUCUCCUGUUUUUCUCUUUGCACUAUCAGCGUCUAGUCUCUUCUCAUUCUUCUCGAACCACCUGCAUGGACCGCAUACACCUGCGCGCAUUGCGCGCCAGCAUUCCCACUUGUCGCUCUUCGGCCUCGACAACCGCACCCCCUCUCCCUCUCUCAUCCUACCGACACCCCACCCGCCGUUCACCAUUCGC